AUGAGUGGCGACAAAAUGAGCAAGGAAAAACUGGCCAAGGAGAAAAUAGAAAAAGGCCAGCAUUAUGAAGCGCACCAACUGAUAAAAUCCCUUAUAAACAGGAAGCUGCAAAAAAACCAAGUGAGCAGCUGCAUGAGCAUCAUCUUUUACUUCUCGCAAAAAAUGGCCAAGGCAAAGCAGUACGUACUACUUUGCGAUCUAAUGUAUCAAUGUUGCACAAUUUUAACACAACAUAAUAUAAAAUUUAGCGAAGAGUAUGCGAAAAAAAUAAUCGAAAUUUUUAAUUUAUGCCCCCCAAAUUCUACAGAAGAAAAAUAUAAAUUUAUGAACAAGUGCAUCAUAUGGUCAACGGAUGAUGAUGAUGAAAUAUUUGGCUACUUAGAUUUCCACAAAGCUAUAGCCUACGCCUAUUUUGAGGAUAAAAAAUAUAGCUUAGCGCAUAAUCAUUUUAUAUACCUAGAGGAUAAUGAAAUAUUAUAUAAAAUAAUUUGCCUCUGGCAGAAGGAAGCUUACCCAAGUGAAUCCCAUUUUUUCAUUUUAAGAACCACACUAUGUCUUCUUGUGUUAGACAAAUUUAAACAAGCCCUAGAUUUGAUAAAUAAAUUUGAACCCAAUUUAGAUCGAAAGGAUGUUCCCCUUCCUGUUCAAGUUGCUUAUUUAAUUACCUGUUCGUGCAUACACAAAAGUGUGCCUUUAUAUGAAGACGUCAAGUAUAAGUAUCGACUCAUAUUAAAUUACGACCCCGAUUUUCAAAAAUAUAUCGGCAUACUAGAUGAUGUGGUUUUUAAUAAGAGGAAGCACGACCUGUUUAGUAUGUUCCAAAAUAUGUUUGGCUGA